CAGUGUGCAAUACCUGCAGUCGUAUUUCUCAUCUGCAUCAUAGCAUAUCCGUCGCUGUGGUUGCUUCGACACCUCGGGCCCCAACCCCUGACCAAACAGCAAUCCAUCAUACUCCAUGUAUAUGCCUUGGUGAUCCUCUUUUGCUAUUACAAGGCAUGUUUUACGGAUCCGGGUAGAAUUUCGAAAGAAUGGGUGCCCAAGCAGAGCCAAACGGUCAAAGAGAAGGACACUCAACGCCAAAGAUGGUGCCGUAAAUGCCAGGCUUACAAACCACCACGGGCUCAUCACUGCAAGACAUGUGAGAGCCCCUGGACAGCCAAUUGCGUUUCGCACACUACCUUUCCGCACUUUGUUCGCUUCUUGUUCUAUGCUGUUGCUGGCAUGUCGCAUCUUGGAUGUAUCCUAUGGUCUCGGAUGUACCACUUGUGGACGCAGAGAGAUCUACCGANNUAUUUUGGCCCAAGUCCGACUUUGUUGUUUAGUCUUUUCCUCAUCACUGCCUUGAACUCGGUGGUUGUGUUUGCACUGUUUAUCUUGCUUGCUCGCACACUAUGGUGCCUAGGCGCAAACACAACUACUAUCGAGGGUUGGGAAAUUGAGAGACACGAGACAUUGCUUCGCCGUGCAAGAUACCUUGGCGGAGUCCUCGAAGGCCCUAAUGGAGCGAAGAUACGCAUCACCAGGCAGGAGUAUCCAUGGGACAUUGGAAUCUUCUCGAAUAUCGCUCAAGGCAUGGGUAGCUGGAAUCCUCUUGCCUGGUUCUGGCCAUUUUCCUUCACCCCUUCUGUCGAGAGUGGACUCGAAUUCGAAGACAACGGUCUGGAAUACCCGGAUCGAAUGUUCCGUAUGGCACCUGCAGAAAGAGCUUUCGAUCCAGAAAACGCUUUCACUCAUUCCAUGGAUCCGGACGAGGUAUACAAGAGGCAGCAAGCUGACCGCAUGCGUCCUUCCCCCAUCGCAGAUAAUUCCGAGCUUCGACGCAGGCAGCCCUUCCAUGUGCGGCAUGACAAGAACAACAACCACAGACAUCACGAUGAAGACUAUGCUUAUGGCACUGACUAUGAAUCAGACGGUGAAGAACAAGAGCGAGAGGCAUAUGAAUGGCAACCAAAGCCAGGAGAAGGUGAAGAAGGCUGGCGAAACUCGGAGGGUGAGAGAUUGGACGACUUUGGCGUUGACGAAGACGUCGAGUUUUACGAUGAGGACGAUGUGCCUCUUGGUAAGUUGAUGAAACGGAAGAAUUUGGUCUACUCAAAAGCUGCAGGCUUCGUCCCAAAGCUCACAACUACCGUCCUCUCCUAUCUCUCGCCAAAGCCAACCGACAAGAUCCUCGACAUUGGCUGCGGCGAUGGCNCCUUGACUGCCCAAAUCGCCGCCUCUUUACCUCAAGGCCAGAUAUUCGGUCUCGAUGCAUCAGCUUCCUUCAUCCAAACCGCGCAAGAGAAACACUCGAGCCAAAACUGCACCUUCAAACUCCAAGAUUGUCGUCAUAUUGCCCAGUAUGCUGAAGCGGUAGACGGCAGCUGGGACAAGGUCUUUAGCAAUGCCGCAUUGCACUGGAUUUUACGCGAGCCGAGCACCAGAGAUGCAGUGUUCAAGGACAUUCAUUCAGCCCUCAAACCAGGUGGUGUGUUUGUGUUCGAGAUGGGAGGAAAAGGCAACGUGGAAGCUGUUCACGCCACCAUUCUUUCCGUUCUUGUCGCCAAUGGUAUCGCUCUUUCUACUGCUAGAGAAGCUUGUCCAUGGUUCUUCCCCAGCGACGUGUGGAUGACGCAACAAUUACAAAAGUCUGGCUUUGAGGUUGAGAAGUGUGAAUUGGAGUAUAGACCUACAAAGUGUACUGCCAAAUCUGCUGAUGGGUCUGGUGGCUUGGAAGGGUGGGUCAAGUUGAUGGGUGCGGAGAUGUUGAAUGUGGUUGAGGAGAGCAAGCGAGCAGACAUCGUCAGGCAAGUCUGUGAUAUUUUGGAGACUGUGGUGACGAGAGAGGAAGAUGGGAGUCAAUUCCUCAACUAUGUUAGGCUUCGUGCUGUGGCUCGCAAGAUUUAG